UUAAUAUAUUAAUAUAUUUUGAUAAAAAAUGAUAGGAAACAAUAUUGUAAAAAGUAAAUUAAGUUUUUUCAAAAAUGUAUACAAAUAAUUACACUGAUAAUAAUGACGAAAGUACAAGAAAUUCAAAACAUUGUACGUAAAAAAGUAAUAUAAUUUCUGCGUGUCCAAUAAAAAUAUAUAGUCAAUAACAGUAUAUAAUACAAUUGUAAAAAUUCAAUGUUUAAUUAUUUGAGAUAAAUUUAAUUUUAUAUUUUCACUUUUCAAUGUUUCUUUAAACAUGAUCAAAAGAGAAAUUAGAGUUUCCUCUCUAGUUAGGAUAAUCUCUUAGGAUGGAAACGCGCUGUAACGAUGCAUUUCGCCCAAUUUGUGCACAAACGUUCACGGAAAACACGUGUGACGUACAUAAUCUAAAUCUGCAAUAUCGUUACAUCUAUAAAUAAUUUUAUAUGAUUUAUACGAAGCGAACAUUUUUCUUACAUAAUAAUCUUGUUAUAUAACGAAAUACAAGAAACAUUUUAAUUUUACAUCUAUUAUCAAUCUAGAUUGAUUAUAUAUAUAUAUGCUAGAAAUACAAAGAUUAAUUCAAUCUAGAUUUGUCAAUGUUAUAUCAAGCACACAUACUUGUAUGAUAAGAUUUAGAUUAAUUCUAUUGACGAGUAUUGUUAUGAUAAUAAUAAUGAAAUGAAUUAUUUUAUAAUGUAUUAUAAACGUAAUUCUUUUUUUAUAUAAAUUGUUUCUAUAUUGUUUUUUUUUCCUAAUGAAAUACUUAUCAAUUUGUCAAGGCGAGCUUUUGUGUGAAAUGUAAUAACGAAACAUUAUAAGUUGCUUAAAAGUAUGGAAUGAGAUCUAAUAAAAUUUACUGGAAAUAGAUUGAAUAUACUCUGACUUCUUUGUUUCUAUUUCGGAAAACGGUUCACCCUCAACAUAGGAUGCAGUGUGAUUGAUUAUUACUGGCACUGGUACAGUUGAAGUAUCAAAGUAUAACUGUCGAUUACCAUAUGGCAAUCUAAUUUUAUAUUAUUUAAUAAGAAUGUCCAUAAGGAGUUUAAGUCAUAGAAAAUAGAAAACACUUUUCUAUUAGCAGGCCCAAAUUUUGUAAAGUUCUGGAAAUCCAUAAAUGGUGUAUGAAAAUUCAUAUAAAAUUUAUUUAAAAAUACUAUUUACUUUUUUUUCAAUAGGGCAGCGUUCGAGUAUUCCUUUUUCUUGGCUCGUAUCGCCACACGUUGAGAUCCUUACUCAACAUCAUUAUUCACGUUCAUAUCUCGCGCUUUGAUGGCAAACGGCGCGUAUAAAAAAAAUAUACGUUUUUCGAAGUUUAUGAAUCACCCAACGGCGUUAUCGCUUAUUAUCGUUUGGGCGAUCAAUAUCGCGGUAUAUUACGAAUUGAAGAAUUUGUUACGACGAGCAGUUUGCUUCUACGCGCAUGCUGCGCAUUACUUCUUUUUCGUUUCGCGACCGUUGAUCGGGAUCAACGAGCAAAAUGGGUCUAUCUAACAGUUUCUCGGUCGACAGACGUAAUUUUGAAAAAUUUUUUUUUUACACGUUUAGCAUUUAUAUCGGACUAUAUGGAAUAAUUACGACAAGCUGGGCCAAGAUAUUGCAGAUCAACGUCAUUAACACUGAUAGAGCCACAACGUGGCAGCAUGACGCCAUUAUUUCAUUGGAAGCGCUUAUUAUUGUCGGCAUCGCACUCAUUCUUAUAGCCUUUUUUGAAUUCGGAUUCAGUAUACUGUAUUUCGAGAAUUCAAAUUUCAGGAAACGGAACAUUAUUCUCUGCACGACCGUCAUAUUUGCAGCUUUAUUCUUGAUUGUGAUGAUUGCACAAGCAACUGCUGCAAUCAAGAUGCUCGUACAGGUACCGUCAGCCAAAACUGAUUUUACAGAAGCUUUCAAGAAUUACUAUCUUCGAACGGAGGACCAGCGGUUCAUAGAUGAUGUACAGAGCAGCUUAGUUUGCUGUGGUAUCUAUUCAUAUCGUGAUUAUGAGGAGAUCCUUCAUAAUCCAACAAUUCCAGGCAGUUGCUGCUUUUCAUCGAAACCGUGCUCUGUGUAUAGUGUAACAUAUAAACGCGGUUGUGCAUCUUUGCUAAAUAUUUAUGGAUUAAAUAUUUAUACAUUGGCCUACAACAUCUACGCAAUAAGCAUUUUCACCUUAAUUAACGUAGUAGCUGAGUUUCUCUGCUUCCUUGUCGGAUUGUACCUGGCAAUCUCUAUAAGAAAACGAAACAAUGCAAACAAUCAAGCACCAAAUUAUCAAGAGACACAUGUGACUUCUAGCAAAAAUAAUUCUAACAAAAUAUUUGAUGCCCGUUCUUGAUAUUUUGACUAUUGCAGUUUACUACCAUAUAUAUCUUGAUUAUAAUAAGAGAAAAUAUGGUCAGCCGUCUAUGCAUAAGGAAUCAUCAAGCUUUGCCCAUAGCUUUGGAAUGAGACAUGUCAAAGUCAAAUUUGAAUAAGUAGUCAGAUAAGGCUUUUAUCUCUGGUUCAGAGAAUGGCUUACUUUCAGGGUAAUUUUGAGCGCAAGGAUGUCAACUAGUGUCACUAUUUCAAAAAAUGUCAAAUUUUAACUUACAGUGAAUAAAUCUUAAUGUAAUAAGCUCCUUGAAACUCCAAAAA